GGCGCUGUGCGCGGAAUGACGUCAGACGCAUACGAUAAGACCCUACGCGAGAUCCUUCCGCUCCAACCGAGAAAAUAGUUCCCGGCCGUUUGGGACGCGUCGCUCCGGACUAAGCGUCCGCCCCGCGGCCGAGGGGGCGGCCGCGUCGAUGCCGGAGCGGGAGCGGGAGCAAACCGCGCCGGGCCGCGCCGCAGAGUGAAGGCGUCGGACGGAGCGGCCCCCCCCGGCCCCCCGGGCGGCCAUGGAGGAGGCCGAGGUGCAGAGCAGCAGCGACGCGGCCCCGCGGCGGCCCCGGGGCCGGGACCCGGCCGAGAGCGGGCUGGACGUGGGCUCCUCGGAGGAGGCCGUGUCCGCCGACAGCAGCGACGCCGCCCGCCGCGCCCCGGAGGAAGCGUCCGAGAGCAGCCCGGGCCCGGGCGCCGCCCGGCGGGGUUACCUGCCCGACUCGUCGUCCAUGGGCCCGGCCACCGCCCUCCUAGCCGACUCCGCCGCCGCCGCCGCCUCCUCCUCGGACCUCGGCUCCGCCAUCGACAGGAUCAUCGAGUCCACCAUCGGGCCCGACCUCAUCCAGAGCUGCAUCACGGUGACCAGCGCCGAGGACGGCGGGGCGGAAACCACCCAGUACCUGAUCCUCCAGGGGCCGGAUGACGGCGCCCCCGCCGAGGGGCCCACGUCCACCUCCGCCGGCCCGGGGCGGCCCGAGGAGCCGGACCUGCAGAGCCUGGAGGCCAUGAUGGAGGUGGUGGUCGUCCAGCAGUUCCAGUGCAAGCUGUGCCACUACCGCAGCGCCAGCAAAGCGCCCCUCCUCAGCCACAUGCGCCAGAGGCACUUCGGGCCCGGUGAGGGGGCCGCCACCGCCGCUCCUCCGGCCCGCGCCGACCGUUUAUUCCUCUCUCCCCCGCCGCCGGGUCACCCGGGGGCCGUUGCUUGUCCGGGCCGCGCCGACCGUUUAUUCAUCUCUCCGUCGACGUCCGUCCGGGGGACGCGCUCAGUAACGACGGGGCAGAGGAGCAGCCGGCCCGGCAAGCGGGGGGCCGCGCCCGAGGAGGAGGAGGAGGAGGAGGACGACGACAUCGUGGACGCGGGGGCCAUCGACGACCCGGAGGGGGACAGCGACUACGAUCCGGAGGAGGACGAGGCGGGCCAGGGCCGCCCCCCGGACCCCCCCGCCGACCGGCCCCGCCGCUGCCGCCGGCCCGGGCGGCCCCGCGAGCCGCCCCGCCCGGAGGCCGAGGCCGGGGCCGGGGCGGGGGGCCGGCCCGAGGACGGCCCCCCGGGCGAGCCGCCCCCCGCCACCCCCCGGCGCCGCGGACACCCCUCCUGCCGCCUCCUCGGGAAGAAGUACCGCAAGUACACGGGACGCAGGUACUGCUACAAGGCCCCGCUGCGGCCCCACCUCUGCCGCGUGUGCGGAUCGCGCUUCCUGUCCCCCGAAGACCUCCAUUUCCACGUCAACUCCCACGAGGGCGGGGACCCCAACCUCUUCAAGUGUCUACAGUGCAACUACCACUGCCGCCGUUGGUCGUCUCUCAAGGAGCACAUGUUCAACCACGCGGGCAGCAAGCCGUACAAGUGCGAGCACUGCGACUACUCCAGCGUCUACAAGAAGGACGUCACCCGCCAUUCGGCCGUCCACAACCAAGACAGGAAGAAGAAGCCGGAGCCGGCCCCCAAGCUGAGCUCGUUCCCGUGCCCCGUGUGCGGCCGCGUGUACUCCAUGCAGAAGCGCCUCACGCAGCACAUGAAGUCCCACAGCCCCGACAAGCCGCACAUGUGCGACAAGUGCGGGAAGUCCUUUAAGAAGCGCUACACCUUCAAGAUGCACCUGCUGACCCACAUCCACGCCGUUGGCUACCGCAGGUUCAAGUGCGAGUUCUGCGACUUCGUGUGCGAGGAGAAGAAGCAGCUGCUGAACCACCAGAUCGGCCACGUGAGCGACAAGCCCUUCAAGUGCGGCUUCUGCCCCUACUGCACCUUCUGCGAGGACUUCCUGCUGGCCCACGUGGCCAUCAAGCACACAGGGGGCAAGCCGUUCUCCUGCGAGUUCUGCCACUUCAGCACGCGGCACCGGAAGAACCUGCGCCUGCACGUGCGGUGCCGCCACCCGGGCAGCUUCGAGGACUGGGCCGGGCGUCACCCCGAGGAGCCGCCCGCCGCCCGCCGCCGCCCGCACCGCCCGCCCUCCUCCCCGCAGCAGACGGAGGAGCUGAGGCGGCGCCACGCCCGGGCCGCCGACCCGCCGGCCCCGUUGGGGCCCCCCGAGGACCCCCUCCUGGGCCCGGGGGCGGAGGGGCCCGGGGGGCUCGGCGGUCCGGCGUCCCCGUCGCCCUCGACGGCCCUGGACCUGCUGCUGAACCUCGGUGCCCGGCAGGAGGUCGGGGGCUCGGCCCUGCAGCUGGCGGUGGUGGGCGCGGACGGGGCGGACGCCUCCGCGGCCCCCCGGCUGGUGACCCUGCAGGUGGCCGAGCCCGGCGGGGAGCGGGCCCCGGGCGGGCCGGACCUGCGGCGCAUCGCCCUGGCCGCGGUGCCCCUGCCCGGCGGCGGCUACGGCGUCCUCGCCCCGGACGACGUGGGUCCCCCCGGGCCCCUGGAUGGCCAGGAGCCCCCCGCGGAGGCGAGCGACGCGGCCCUGCCCGGGCGCUUGGCGGGGACGGCGGACGACGCCUGCCUGCGGCACGUGGAGCUCGGCGCCGAGGCGGCCUCCUCGUCCUCCUCCUCCUCGCCCUCGACCAAGAAGUUCUCGUGCCGGAUCUGCACGGAGGGUUUCUCCAGCCGGGCCGAGAUGGAGAGCCACAAGCGGGCACACGCCGGGCCCGGUUCCUUCAAGUGCCCCGACUGCCCCUUCACCGCCCGCCUGUGGCCCGACGUGCGGGCCCACCUGCGGGAGCACGUCGGCCUGAGACCCCACCAGUGCAGCCAGUGCAGCUUCGCUUCGAAGAACAAGAAGGACCUGAGACGCCACGUCCUCACCCACACCAACGAGAAGCCCUUCGCCUGCCCCCUGUGCGGCCAGCGGUUCAACCGUAACGGCCACCUCAAGUUCCACAUCCAGCGGCUGCACGGCCCGGAGGGGAAGAGCCCGGAGCCCCCCGGGCCCGCCGGACCCCCGACCCAAACCAUCAUCCUCAACGGGGACGAGGACGCCCUGGCCACCCUGCAGAGCGCGCUGCAGGCCGGCCGGGCCGUGCUCACCCCCGACGAGCUCCAGCAGGCCCUGGGCCAGGACCACAUCAUCGUAGCCCAGGAGCAGACCGUCACCGACCAGGAGACGACCUACAUCCAGGAGAUCACCACGGCCGACGGCCAGACGGUCCAGCACCUUGUCACCUCCGACAACCAGGUGCAGUACAUCAUCUCCCAGGAGGGCAUGCACGUGCUACCCCAGGAAUACCUCGUUGUACCCCAAGGGCAUCACAUUGAGGUGCAGGAGGGCCAGAUCGCCCACAUCCAGUACGAGCCGGGGAUGCCGUUCCUGCAGGAGCCGCAGGUCCAGUACGUGCCCGUGUCCCCGGGACCCGCGCUGGUCACGCGGACCCAGCUGGAGGCGGCCGCCCAGUCCGCCGUGACAGCGGCCCGGGGCCUGUUCGGCGGCGGCGGCGGCGAGGCGGCGGCGUCCGAGGAGUUGCCCCCCGAGGGCGUCCAGUACGACAUCAUCGCCCUGGCGGACGACUGAGGGGUCCUUUCCGCGUUGUUUACAAAUUAAAAGGAUGUUUACGAGGGCCGCGGGAUCCGUUGAGCGCUUACUACGCGCGGGCGCUGUCC